AUGGGAGAGGAGAUCAAGGAGAGGAGCCAUCACAAUUACUGUAUUAAGCUGAUUUUGAUGGAAAGCUUCCGCUCCCCAAGAACUUCCAAGCCACAGCGAUGCAGCCCUCCCAGGUUGCUCAUGUUGGCAAUCCUAAUAACCUCCUUGCAGCAGCUGGCAACCGCCGUCGAUGCCACCACCACAGACUCCGAUUGCCCGACGGCGACAUGCGGCAACCUGACCAUCACCUACCCGUUCACCCUGGCCCGCCGGGGCGAGUCCUCCUGCGGCCCGACGGCGUUCCAGCUCACGUGCAACACCUCCGCGUCCGGCGGCGCGUUCCUGGCCACCUCGUACAUGAGGGUCCUCGCCAUCGACUACGGCAGCCGGUCCCUCGUGGCCGUGCACGUCCUCAUGGCAGCCGACGCCGCCUGCACCGUCAUCUUCAACGUGUCCUCUGCCUUCGCCAUCACGGACAGGUUCACGAUCAGCGCCAGCAACCGGGAGCUCUACAUCAUGUCCAGGUGCAGCGGGACGCUGCCGCCGCUCGGUGCCGUCCCCGUGACCAACUGCAGCGGCAACAGCAGCCUCACGUUCGCUUACCUCGGGGGAGGUUACGGCACGGGCAGGCCGCCGGCGAACGACGGGCGCUGCGAGCUCGCGGUGUUCCCCGUGCUCGGGUCGGAGGCGGAUGGCGCGACGUCUGCCAGCUACCGACGGCUCAUAAGGGGCGGCUUCCGGCUGGAGUGGGAACGUGUCGGUGACUGCAACGCCUGCAGAGCGAGCGGCGGCCGGUGCCGGUACGAUGCCAGCACGGCGGCGUUCGCGUGCCUUUGCUCGGACGGGAUCUUGCGUUCGUCGACAUGCGAUGGAAAGCGCACGCGCAAGUUAGCUCUGAUUGGAUUGGAGUAUUUACACCAAGGGUGCAACACUCGCAUAAUCCAUUUCGACAUCAAACCUCACAACAUCCUUCUGGAUAAUGAGUUCUGUCCGAAGAUUUCAGAUUUCGGUCUGGCAAAGCUAUGCCGCCUCAAUGGAAGCAUCCUUUCGACGGCAGAAGCAAGAGGGACUGUUGGUUUCAUUGCACCAGAAGUGUUCUCUAGAGCUUUUGGGGCUGUCUCAACAAAAUCAGAUGUUUAUAGCUACGGAAUGAUGCUCCUGGAAAUGAUCCGGGGGAAAACCAACAUGAAAGGAUCUGCAGACAACUCAAGUGAAGCAUUUUUUCCACAUUUGCUUUACGAUCAUCUCGCGGGGGACAAGCAGGGUUGCCAAGUUGAAGAUGGAACUGAAGAGGUUGCAAGAAAACUGACCUCGGUUGGUUUAUUUUGCAUACAAAUGGCACCUGAUGGCCGCCCUUCCAUGAGCAGAGUUAUAGAGAUGUUGGAGAAGAGCGCCAGCGAGUUCGAGAUGCCACCGAAGCCAUUCCUCUACUCCCCAUUUCAGUCAGCAAAUGCUUCAACCAUUACAACAGUCAUGGUACCGAUGUCUUCGUGA